AUGGCAUUUGCUCUGAAAGGAGGCCAGUGUUGCCCAAUUUGCAGUCAAACUUUCUUGGGAACCUCCCUGAAGUAUCAUCUCAAGGCAUGUGCGAGACAAGCGCGAGCGCAGCUGGUCACCUGCUCUUCGUGUAAGCGUCCGGUGCGAAAAGAUGAUCUUCCAGAGCAUCUUGUGCGCUGCAAGCGCAUGCGGAUGGCCGAGGGAGUGCCGGGCAUUGACGACGCUGAGAAGGUGUGGCAGGACAAGUCCAUGUCUUUGCAAACAGCCCUCGCGAAGAUCGAGGCUGGCGAAAUCGGAAGCUUGGACAGUCGCGGUUGCUUCGUCUGCUCCAUCUGCGGACAGCAAGGCUUGGGCUUGCUCCAGAUCGUGGAGCAUGAGGAAGUUUGCCGACAACGUCUGAGCCAGGAAGGCCACGUAUCCGCAGCGAGCGUAUGCUCCCCGACCUUGCCGGCUGAGGAGGGCGUGCAGCUCACCCGCGCGGCCGUCGCCAAAGAGCUGAACCUGCUGAAGACAGAGAUCGCACAGGAAGCUGCGGGUGAUGAGGAGUCGCGCACACUGCUCACACUCACUUUGGACAGGCUCCGGGAUGUGGCACGAAAUGCAUGCUUCCUGGAGGAGAAGAAAUAUCGUCGCCUUCGGCUCUCAAACCCGGCGGUGUCGGAGGCCAUUGGAAGGUGGGAUGCAGCGAAGAGGAUCCUUCAGGCAUUGGGCUUCGAGCUCGUCGCGCAUGCAUCCAAAGCAGGUGCCAGCCCGGAGCCACACCUGAUGCUUCCGGGCCAGCUGUCUUCCAGUGUCUUGCAGGAGUUCUUGGACGCUUUGGAGGGCAAGAAGGAGGUCGAAACUUCGGAGCCGAAUGAUUCCGGGUCGCUGCUGGAGGAGUGCAAGUACUGCCAUCGAAAAUUCCGCUUUGAUCGGAUCGCCAAGCAUGAAACACGCUGCCCGGAGUCGAAACCAAAGCCUGCCAAGCUGGAUGUGGUCCGCAAGUUGCUUCAGGGAACUCCUGGGGAGCAGAAUAUCCCCGCUGCUCGGCAAGAUUUCCUGAGUGGCAAGAAGCUGCCACCCCUCCCUGUCAAGCCAACUGAGCCCUUCUCCAGCACAGAUGUGACUGCGUGCCAAUACUCGCAAAGUCGACGGACAACUCCGAGACAUGCCGCUUCCAUGCCGCUCGAAUCAACUCCAAGGCACACUCCCUCAACUCCACGCGAGGGAUCGGGCACCACCCCGCGACAGCAAAGUCGAAACGUGCGUCGCGGAGGCGCCGCCUCGGUUGCCUCGGGCAGGGCAAGCCGGGCAAGCUCUCGCGAGUCGUUUUCUCGCGACGCGAAAACAGAAGUCACUGCACUGACUGCGCUUGGAAGAGCCGCCAAAGAUCGGCUAGCCAGGGCAAGCAGGUCGAUUAAGGACGUUGUUGCCCAGCCAUCCUACGAUCAACUUGAGGUUGAUGUAUCAAACUGGUUGGACGACUAA